UAUCGAUACUAGCUCCCAGCUAGGAAGAAGAAGACAAGUAGCCACCUCAUCUUUGUCAGCCGUAGAUUUUAUUAGAUUUAAAUUGUUGAGAUGGCGAGGGCGGCUUUUAUCGUGUGCCUUUUGAUGGCCAGUGCCUGGAGCAGCAACGCCGUGAUGUUCAAGCUGAACCCGAACACCCAGAAGUGCCUCAAGGAGGACAUCCAAGCCAACCAACUGGUAAUGGGCGAGUACGAGGUGUCCGACGUGCCCGGCCAAAUCAUCGACUACAUAGCUCGCGACACUAAGGGACACAUCCUGGUGCAGAAGGAGCACAUCACCAAGGGCAAAUUCAGCUUCAUGUCGGAAGUGUACGACGCCUACGAGAUCUGCUUCACAUCCAAAGUUCCUGCACAUCAACGCGGCGUUGUUCAGGAAGUAUCGCUCCAAACGAAGAAGGGCGUGGAAACCAAAAGCUACGAAGGCAUUGGCGAAGCCUCCAAGCUGAAGCCAUUGGAAGUGGAUCUUAAGCGAUUGGAGGACCUUUCUGACUCCAUUGUUCGCGAUUUCGUUCUCAUGCGCAAGCGGGAAGAGGAAAUGCGCGAUACCAAUGAGAAAACCAACAGCCGCGUCCUGUUCUUCAGCAUCUUCAGUAUGUGCUGCCUGCUCGGCUUGGCGACGUGGCAAGUUCUGUACCUCCGCAGAUACUUCAAAGCCAAAAAACUCAUCGAAUAAUCAGUCGCCUAGCAGUAGUCUUAAUGCGUGUGUGGAACUGUGUUUAAAUGCCUGGUUUAGAGUUCAUCUUUCAUCUUUUAAACGUUUUUCUGAAAUAAAUGCAACUACCACGUA